AGAAGUGAGUAUUGUAAAUCAAUCAAUCAAAUUUUUCUUCAUCGGAUCUGAAGCUGAAGCAAUUUCCAGGAAAAAUGGAAAAUCUUAAAUUUAAUAUAAAUAAAAUCCUCAGAACUUCGAACAGACAACAAUGGGUCAGUCUUGCUUCUUCAGAGUUCUCCUUGUUUCCUCUCUUUUACUACUUAUAUUCUUCUCUACUGCAAUGGGAAGAAACUUGCGAACUACAAAGUUGUCAGGAGUUCACAGCACUGCUGAGCUAUUUCCUUCCAAGGAUGGCAUUGUGCGGAAUAUGAUCGACCUGAUGGACUACAAUCCACCGCAGUCUAACACCAAUUGGAGUGGUUUCGUCGCGACUCCUCCACAGUCUCCUCCACUUCCAUAAAUUUCCCAAAUAAUGAAAAACUCUUUUCAGUUUCUUUUAAAAACAAAGUUUGAUUUCUUAAUAUUUUGGCAAUAAAUAACAAUAUGUAAUUUUAAAUUUUUAUACUUUGAUUAUUUAAGCUUUACUCAGUGGUGGAAAUUGUGAAUUCAAAAUGUAACAUAAAUUGAUUGGUGGCGCACGGAAAGCACCAUUCUAGUUGAAAAUAUAUCACAUGAAUUGUUGUUUU